AUGUCGAUCAAGAUCGAGCGGGACAGCGUCAAGGACGUUGUCCGAGAUGCCGUCCUCGACCAUGUCUCCCACAAGGGCGGCUUCGUAGGGUCGACCGCCAGCGCCAUCGCCGAGGCUGCUCAUGGACAACUGCCCGGCACCACCGGCAAGCACCCCAUCUCGGCCGUUGUCGGCACCGCCCUCACCGGCGGUAGGAAGAAUGCGGGCACCAAGGGUUAUCUCGCCACCUACCUGCAGCAACUGGAGGACAACCCUCUGCGCACCAAGAUGCUGACGGCUGGUACCCUGGCCGGUAGCCAGGAGCUCAUUGCGUCAUGGCUGGCCAAGGACCGCAACAAGCAUAGCAACUACUUCACCUCGCGCGUGCCCAAGAUGGCCGCUUACGGCGCUCUCGUCAGCGCGCCGCUCGGCCACUUCUUGAUCUGGCUCCUGCAGAAGAUCUUCAGCGGGCGUACCAGCCUGCGGGCCAAGAUCCUGCAGAUCCUGUUCAGCAACCUGGUGAUCGCGCCCAUCCAAAACGGCGUUUACCUCGUCGCCAUGUCCCUCAUUGCGGGCGCCGAGACGUUCCAGCAGGUCAAGGCGACGGUGCGCGCCAGCUUCUGGAAGGUGAUGCGCGUGAGCUGGAUCACCUCGCCCAUCUGCCUCGCCUUUGCGCAAAAGUUCCUGCCCGAGAACACCUGGAUGCCCUUCUUCAACCUCGUGUCCUUCAUCCUCGGCAUUUAUAUCAACACCAUCGCCAAAAAGAAGCGCCUCUCCGCCCUGCGCAAGAGGCACUUCGGCGAUGGCCGCACCCCCGGCGGAUCCACCGUUGGCGGACCGCGCCCGGACUACCCUCCCAUCGGGCCCAACCCUCCGUACUAA